AGUAGCUCCCAUGACCACCAACACCGGAACAGCAAUGUAAACAGAUACAUUUAUUGUGUUUUUAUGACAAUAUCUUAACAAGUAUGAAAUGAGACAGCACAGCGCAGACCUUGCUCGGAUGGUAUGGAUUGUCUGUGAUGUUUUCAAUCGCUGAAACACGCGUGCGUGAAGACAGGCAUCCAUGUGCCACCAUGGAGAGGAGAAAAUAACCCCUAAAAGAAGAAAGAGAAGACGUUGCAUUGCUGAGGAAUCUUCAGUCUGUAACUCUGACUGAGGAUCGGCACAUCCAGAAAGAGUCCCGGAGAGAGUCAGAGGGGGCGAGAGGCGUGGAGGAAGAGGGUGCCGCUCAGGAUGGCGUUCCUUGACAACCCCGGCAUCAUCCUGGCCCACAUCCGGCAGUCCCACGUGACCAGCGAUGACACAGGGAUGUGCGAGAUGGUCCUCAUCGACCACGAUGUGGAUCUGGAGAAGUGCAACUCAUCUGUGGCAUCUGUUGGCGGCGGGUCGUCUGGAGGCUCGUUUGGCGACGGCAGCAGUGGAGGAGACGGGCAGACCUACGAUCUUUCUCAGUCCGUCGACAUCACCUCCAGCUGGGACUUUGGCAUUCGGCGGCGCUCCAACACAGCUCAAAGACUGGAGCGACUGCGGAAAGAGCGACAGAACCAGAUCAAGUGUAAAAACAUCCAAUGGAAAGAGAGAAGCUCGUCUCAAUCAGCAGAGGAUUUGGGCUCGCUUUUUGAAAAGAAGGAUUUUAAGGACCGGUCCCGGAGCACAGGCAGUAAAUCGACACUCUCGCUACGAUUAGAAAAGUGUCCUCAACAGCUUAACAACCCCUUCAAUGAGUACUCCAAAUUUGAUGGCAAGGGCCAUGUUGGUACAACAGCAACCAAAAAAAUCGACGUCUACCUCUCAAUGCAGUCAACCCAAGAGAAAUUGCACCCCAUGACGGUGGUCACGAUGGCUAAUGCUCGGGUCCAUGAUCUCAUCGGGCUCAUCUGCUGGCAGUACACCUGUGAGGGCCGUGAACCCAAGCUCACAGAAAAUGUCAAAACCUACUGUCUGCACAUCGCUGAGGAUGACGGAGAGGUGGAUACAGACUUCCCUCCUCUCGACUCAAACGAGCCCAUCCACAAGUUUGGCUUCAGCACGUUGGCUCUGGUGGAGAAAUAUUCCUCUCCUGGACCGGGGCCCAAACAGUCACUCUUUGUUCGAAUAAACGCAGCUCAUGGUUUCUCCCUGAUCCCAGUGGACAGCCUAAAAGUGACCAUGAAGGAAAUCCUGCAGAAAGCUCUUAAAAAGAGGAAGGGUUCCCAGAAAGGGUCAGGUCCCAUGUAUCGUCUGGAGAAGCAAACUGAACCGAACGUUGCAGUAGACCUGGACAGCACGCUGGAGAACCAGGGAACGCUGGAGUUCUGCUUGGUCCGAGAAAACAGUUCUAGAGGUGAGGAUAGCUCGGAGGAGGACCCGCCCAUAGACAUCACAACGGUACAGGACAUGUUGAGCAGUCACCACUACAAGUCCUUCAAGAUCAGCAUGAUCCAUAAGCUUCGAUUCACCACUGAUGUGCAGCUAGGAAUUUCUGGUGAAAAGGUAGAGAUCGAUCCUGUCACCAAUCAAAAGACGAGUACGAAAUUCUGGAUUCGACAGAAGCCGAUCUCAAUCGACUCUGACCUGCUUUGUGCCUGCGACCUGGUGGAGGAGAAGAGUCCAAGUCAUGCAAUAUUUAAGCUCACGUAUCUUAGCAACCACGACUACAAAGCCCUGUACUUUGAAUGUGAUGCUGCUACUGUUAACGAGAUUGUGCUCAAGGUGAACUACAUCCUGGAGUCUCGUGCCAGCACUUCAAGGGCGGAUUACUUCGCCCAGAAACAACGCAAACUGAACCGCCGCACUAGCUUCAGUUUCCAGAAAGAUAAGAAAUCGGGCCAGUAGCGCUCAUGACCAAACCGAUGAGCAGUCUCUGAACCAACCAGAGAGCGUGACGGUCCUUCGAGAAAAGAGGCAAAAAGAUAGAUGGAAAGUCUGGGGGAAACCUAAAGCAUGGAGAGAGCAGGAAAAGACUAGGUUAGGAAGAAAGAAAAGAUAAAAAGUGAAAGAAUAUGAGACAGGUUAAAGGAAAAGUGAGAGGAACCAGAUCAGACAUUUGUUGUCUCAUCUUAAUCGAGUUUUCAGCCUCUGACAGUUAACUUUUAACUGGACUGACGGUCCUUAAACAUAUCAGAACUCUUGAGCUCUCUGCUGUCACUCGAAUGUACUAGACCAGCCAACAGUUUAAUUGAACCGUUAUAUUAACAUUUGAAGCCACAUCCAUCGCCCAGAACAUACAGAAGCACCGAAUUCUGGGGCCCAAAUCCGAAAACUUCACACGCUGCUGUUUGCGUCACUUAUUUUCAAAGACUUUUUUCCACUGCCUACAUACAAACUGUAAAUAAACGCACCCCAAAUGAACGCAGAUGGACACUGGAACCCUUAAAAGCCAGACAGAGCAAGCAAACUGCAUUAGGUAUCCCGUAUAACCGCUGUAUCAAAGAUGUUACCUUAAUCUGCAAUGAAAAUGUAAAUAGCGACCCCAUUCAGGGUGGUUGACAAACCCUCUUGGCCAUAGUACUUCAGUGCCUGCUACAGAACAAAAGGACACAUUGCAUUCAUUGAGAUUUUAAGCAUCCGCUGGUUUUUUGAGGAAAAGCCUACAAACUUUUUUUUUUUUUUACCAACAGAGGGGGCUGGUAGAUUAAAAAGUAGUUGACCUAAAAAUUAUUUUUUGUCAUGGUUUACAUAUGACUUUCUUUUAUCGUGAAACACAAAAGGAGUUAUUUAUAGCAGAAUGUCCUAGCGGCUCUUUUCCGUUUUAAGAAAGCGAAUGGUGACCAAGGCUGUCAUGCAAUAUUUAAAGUGAAUAUGGCUUAAAUUUCAGUCUGUUCCUCACACAAAGCUAUUGUAUGGCUUCAGAAGACUUGGGAUUAUAGUGCAUAACUUCCUUUAUUAAGCUUUUUCAGUGCUUUUUUGUCCUUUUAAAGCUUGACAGCCCAAGAUCACCGUGUGCUUUCAUUAAUGCAAGAAAGCAGCAUAAAGAUUCUUUAAAUAUUCUCCUUCUGUGUUACAUGGAAGAAAGAAAAUUCAUACGAGUUUGAAACAACAAGAGGGUGCGUAAAUGACAGAAUUUUCAUUUUUGGGUGAGCUAUCCCUUUAAGAAAUGACAGUUUUUUUUUAUGAUCAAAUAUGAAAUUAAUAAUUGUACAUUUUACUGUGAUGGGUCCUUUUUCCUCUGCAUUAUAUCUUUGGAAUGCAUAUAUUGUAACAAACCAAGCGCUGUCUAUCUUUCCGACAGAUCUUUUGGUUUAUUCUGUCCUCUUUGGCUGCAAUGGGAAUGUAUGACCCUUUUUAACACAUUUCUUUAUAAAUGUUAAAGAUGAAUUUAUUAUACUAUCUUCGUUUCGUCUGCGUAUGCAGGGAAGGUUUGCUUCUGCACCAAACCUACCAGUGGUAACAUUUUACAAUAAGGUUCAGUAUGUUAAUGCAUCAGGUAUCAUGAACUAAUAUUGAGCAACAAUUUUGAUUCAUGAUCAUUUAUUAUUAUACUGUUGUUCAUAGUUAGUUCAUAAUGCAUUAACUAAUGUAUGGAGCUAAAACAAUGACAAAAGUAUUUGAUUCUGAAAUUUGAUCAAAUUAAUUCUUGACGUGAUAGUUAACAAAAUUGAAGAUUUAUGCAUUGUAUUUUAUAUUUUAAAAAAAAGUUAAAUAGAAGAUUUGUAAUUUUUAAUAUUUAGAGGCGGAAUUAGCUGUAAAAAUUCAGAUUAUAAAAUUACAGAUUCACAUAAAAAAAAAAAAAAAAAAACAGACUAUUUUUUUCCCCCCAAUUUUUUUAUUUGAAAAGUUAACAAAAGUAAAUGCUUGACAUUUGGCCAUGUUGUUUGUUAUUUAUUGGAGUAAUGAAUUUUCUCCUUAAUCUGAAAAUUUCAACCUGCUAUUCUAUAAUCAGAAUUUUUACAGUUAAUUCCACUUCUAAAAAAAAAAAAAAUAAUAAUCUGCUGUUUAAAAAAAUACAAAUGUAUAAAAUACACCACAAACAUCCUCACAUGUCUAGAAUUCAAAUUAACACAUUUCGUAUUCAAAUACUUUUGUCAUUGUUCUAGCUCCAUACUAAUUCAUAUGUUAAAAUUGUAUCAGUAUAUGUAGAAAUGAACAUUAACCAUGUUUAAUAAAUACUGAAGAAGCUUUUGACAUUGUUAGUUCAUGUUAACUAUUCCAGUAACAAAUUUUAAUGUAUACAACCUUAUUGAAAAGUGUUAUUCUACCGUUUUAACCGGUUUCUUUCAAACAUUGGGGGAAAGUCUUACACUAUGUACUCCAAAAGCUGCUGUUGUUAAACUGGAUUCAGGGUGUCUGUUUUAUCCAAAACUGUGCUGACUCAGGUUUCCGACUGCCAUUUUGUCUUGACUGAUCUUGUUUUUUUGUUUGUUUUGUUUUGUUUUUUUACGUCUGUCAAAGGCUGAGAGCGAUGACUGAUACUCAGUAUCAGCUGAUUGAUGAAGAAAGUCGGCAUGUGUUGUGUUCCCAUGUCAGGGAGAACCGCAGAAUAGACAUUUCAAAUAAAACUUUAUUUAUAAUGUUCUGAUGACCUGGGGGGUUAUCAUGUGGCCUAUGAAAUCAAUGAUAUUUGCUACAGUACAUGUAUACUGUAAAUAAGUAGAUUUUCUAAUUAAAGACUGAACUACAA